AUGCCUGUUGAAGAAUCCCAGCCACCUCCUAUACACGAACCAAACCACUCCAAUGUCCGACCAAAAGGCAUAUUGAAGAACCCGUCGUUUUCUGGUCCAGGAGAUCAAUCGCCCACGAAAGAAGUUGCCCCUACACCACCUUCAGUACCUCUCGAUCCGCAAGAAGCCAAAGACCUCACUAUCCAGAAUACUCUACAGAAUGCCGGUCACCGACGCAGUUCUUCUGCAGCCAGGCGUUCAAGUACUUCGCGACGGCAUUCGAGCGCUGCAGGACUCAGUGGCGGGGACAGCGAGUCGGAUGCCCAUAGACUGAAGUGGGACGAGGCGAAUCUUUACCUCGCGGAGCAAGAAGCAGGCGGUCGCAUGAAAAUCACCGAACCGAAGACUCCAUUCGAAUAUGGCAACAACGCCAUGCAAGAGGACGAGGAAGAAGAAGACGUCUCCAUUGACCCUAGAUAUGUCAAUGUAGACGAAGUCGAAAUGGCCAAGAACAAACCCGGCAAGAAACCACGCGAGAGCGAUAUCCCCGAUAUGAGCCUCGGUGAGCCCGAAGACGAAACAGCAGGCGCAAGCAUGGACACUGAUCGGAUUGUCCGGCAAGGUAGCCUUAGUCGCGAAGCUUCGAAGGAGAAACACGUAAAUGUUGCGGACGGGGGUCUACCGGGUAUGCCUACGACUGAAGAGGAAGAACAGCAUCGAGAAUUCGAGGAGAGGCGGAAGAAACACUACGAGAUGAGGAAUGUAAAGGAUAUGCUUGGCCACCCGGAAAACUUGGACGAUGACGACGAUGAGAACCCAACUGGUGUACCUGCUUUGCCGAGCAGAGGUGUAAACGGCGGUCCGUAG